CAGGUAAAGUUCAAAGCCCGCGGUUGUUUCAGUCACUAUUGCAAUUGCACAUGAUUCCAUCCCACUUAAGCAAACCACGAUGCCAGCUACACGCAAAGUUGUCCCUCGCAAGCGCGCUCAGUUAUCCGAUGAAGAUUCCGAGCCCGAAUCUCUUCACAGCGACGCGCUCGAUGACCUGCCGCCUAAGAAACGCACGCAUUCUUCCAAUUCUAAGUCCAGCUCACCUUCGAAACCUAAGCCCAAGCGUAAGAAGCCCAAAGCCAAGAAAGAUGAUGUCAAAGAUGAAGAGGAUGUAGACGAUAGCGACUUGAAACUGAAGGAGGGGCAGCAAGUCGUAGGUCGCGUCGUGCAAGCUCCAAAGACAGGCUGGGUGCCUCCCGGUCAGGUUUCGCAGAACACGCUUGAUUUUCUAGUGCAACUCAAGGACCCUGCGUGUAACGACCGUGAAUGGUUUAAGCUACGCGAACCAGUUUACCGUCGCAUAGAAAAGGAAUUCAAGGAAUUCGUCGAGGCGUUCACUGAUAUGCUCACAGAUGUCGACUCCCAGAUCCCCCCGUUGCCCCCCAAAGACGUCAUCCACCGUAUAUAUAGAGAUAUCCGCUUCAGCAAUGAUAAAACACCAUACAAGAAGGGGCUGUCUGCGAGUUUUUCGAGGAGUGGCAGGAAGGGUAUUUUUGCGUUUUUCAAGCCGGGUGACGAGAGCGUCAUCGCUGCAGGUGCAUGGUGUCCUGCUAAGAACGAACUCGCGACUCUCAGAAAUCACCUACUUCGCUCCACACCCGCCGCUAAGACUCUGCACACAAUACUUUCUUCUAAAGCAUUUACUACCCAUUUUGGCCCUCCCCGCCCGCACCCGCAUGGAGAUCGUCAGAGUGUGUUCGGGCAUGAAGAUGAAUUGAAGGUGGCACCAAAGGGCGUGGAUAAGAACCACGAAGAUAUCGCCCUCCUCAAAUGCCGCUCCCUCGCUGUUUCCUAUCGGUUCACAGAUGCCCAAGUCGUUGCAUCCGACUUCAUAGAUACACUACGUGGGGUUGCGGAUGUGAUGAAGCCCUUUGUUCAUUGUUUAAAUGACCUGAUGACGCUUCCGGUGGACGACAACUCUGAUGAAGAGGACGAGGAAGAUGAUACUGGGAGUCCGGAGGAAGAUGGGUGAGGGCGGAGAGGCAUAACGAACAGGAAGCUUGGAUUCAUCUAUUAUAGUUGAGCUGGGUGUUUGGAUAUUGUCGGUGUUAAUUUUCUCGGUAUCUUACUGUCAUCUAGUAUAUGUACAUACGCGGUGUCACUUAUUUGACACAUGCACGAUCGCAAUUGUCCACUCCAUCAUUCACCAGUCUAAGGCUAACCUCCGUCCGUAACUUAGCAAAAUGUCGAGCGGGCUAUUAAAUCGGCCA